AUAAUGAUAUAAUCUAAUUGUUGAUGCGUAUACGCGUAGAAACGUAUAAUUUUUUAUUUCAGUAUCAUUCACUCUUCGCUUUGCUUGAUUGCUUCCUACGCCCUCUGCUCUGUGGAAGUUCAUUGGGUUAUUUUGAUUUCUAAAUUGUGGAACUGGAUGCUCUUAAUCUUGGAGUGAUGAUGAUAGAUAGUUUGCUUUUGUAUGCCUAUACGAUACUGCCAGCCCUAGCUCUGAAGCUAGCUUUUCCUCUCGGUCUCUUCUAAGUUGGAAGCACAAUUGAUAAACUAUUCGCAAGGGUGCAAUAAUCAAGUCUUCACUUUCUGUUGCACUGCAACGCAAUCUCCUAUAACCUUGGCUUCUCCUCCAUCUCUGUUCUCUGUGUGGUAAGCGAACAGAUAAAUGGGAGAUACUGAUGACGCUGUAAAGCCAGGGAGAACAGUUUUUGUGACUGUAGGAACCACUUGCUUUGAUGCUCUAGUUAGAGUGGUUGACACUCCUGCCGUUAAAAAGGAAUUGUCUAGGAAAGGGUACACUCAUCUUGUCAUUCAAUUAGGUCGUGGUGCUUAUAUCCCUACGAAGUGUGAAGGAGAAGAUGGGUCCCUGGUUGUAGAAUGCUUUACCUUUUCAUCAAGCAUAGCAGACUAUUUAAGAUCAGCAUCUCUUGUGAUCAGUCAUGCAGGGUCUGGGAGCAUAUUUGAGACACUGCGACUCGGUAAACCUCUGAUCGUUGUGGUGAAUGAAGAUCUUAUGGACAAUCAUCAAAGUGAGCUGGCAGAGGAAUUAGCUGAGAGGAAAUAUUUGCUUUGUGGUUUCCCUCAAACUCUCUACAAUAUUAUUAAAGAGAUGAAUUUGGAGUCACUCCUUCCCUACCCUCCUGCCGACGCCACCCCUGUUGCUAGGAUCAUGAACAGGUUCUUGGGUUUCUCUGAUGAUUGAUAUAGUCUAGUGUUUUAUUUAUUUAUUUAUAAGGAAUUGUUCUGUUUUUGCUUAUAGUUUUGUUUUUUGAGAUUCAGUUUGGAUUCACAGGGACAAAUGAGGCCAGUAAAGAAUGUGGUUGGCUUCAUCAGAAUUCUUGUUUGAAAAAUGUUAUGAAAUUGUCGUAUCUGAUUUUAAUCAA